AUGUUAUUGGGAGAUUUGGGUGCUGAAGUAAUAAAAGUUGAAAAUCCAAAAAUUGGUGAUGAUACUCGUACAUGGGGGCCACCUUGGGCAACAAAUAAAGACCCUAAUGACCGUUCAACACCAGAAAGUGCUUACUUUUUGUCAAUUAACAGGAAUAAAAAGUCCAUUACUGUAAAUUUAAAGUCACCUUCUGGUAUUGAUAUAAUAAAAGAUCUGGUUAAACAGAGUGACAUAUUAGUGGAAAAUUACAUUCCUGGAAAGUUGGAUAAAAUGGGAUUGGGUUUUAAUGAAUUGAGUAAAAUUAAUCCACAGUUAAUCUAUGCUUCAAUCACUGGUUAUGGCCAAACAGGGCCUUAUUCGAAUAAUGCUGGAUAUGAUGUAGUGAUAGAGGCAGAGGCUGGUUUAAUGUAUAUUACAGGUGAAGAGGACGGUCCACCCGUAAAGGUUGGUGUGGCUAUAACAGGACUUUACACACAUGGUGCAAUUAUGGCUGCACUUAUAUCAAGAAGCAAAACAAAUCUUGGUCAAAGAAUAGAUUGCUCACUUAUUGAAUGUCAAGUUGCUUCAUUAGCAAACAUUGCUAGCAAUUAUCUUAUCUCUAAUCAAGAAGCUAAACGAAUGGGUACAUCUCAUCCUUCUAUCGUUCCUUAUCAAGUAUUUCCAACGAAAGAUGGUUUUAUUAUGAUUGGUGCUGGGAAUGAUAAGCAGUUUAAAAUUUUGUGCAAUAUAAUUGACAGAGAUGAAUUAAUGAAUGAUCCAAGAUUUGCUACAAAUUCGGAUCGUGUACUUCAUCGUAAAGAAUUAGUAUCUCUUUUAGAGGAAAGAUUCAAGAAUGAAACAACUGAUCAUUGGCUAUCAUUAUUAUUUGAUAAGGAAAUUCCUUUUGGUCCAAUUAAUAAUAUUCAGCGAACUUUUGAACAUCCUCAAAUUCUUGCUCGUGGAAUGAUACAAGAAGUUGAUCAUCCUAAAGCUGGCAAAAUUAAGCUAACAGGUAUUCCUGUUAAAUAUAGUAAAGAAGAUUUAAAAAUAAGGUCGCCUCCUCCGACACUUGGACAACAUACUCGUGAAAUUUUAUCUAAUUUGUUACAUUACACCAAUGAGCAAAUAGCUAUUUUAGAAGAAAAUGAUACAAGUGAUGAUGAAUUUGAAAGUAAUAUACCAAGAACUACUGAAACUUUUUGUAAGUACACAAAAUGUAAUACAUGA